CACAUUCAUCUCCUGUCACUUCGAUAUGUUAAAGAAAAUCCUUUACAAGUAAUUAAUACAUAAAAAUAAACCAAAUGUAACUGAUACGUAUAUUAAUUAACAAUUUCUGUGCAUUUUAAUUAUAAUUAAAAGCCUUAAAUAAGUGAAAAAGUGUAGUCUUAUUAAAAUGAGUGGUAGUAGGUCAGGUAGACAAAAUCGUGGUCCCGUCCCAAACAGAUGGUUAAAAUGUCCCAGAAGGGCUACUGAUCUUAUUGUGGACAAAUUUCUAGCAUUUAAAACCCCUCUCGAUCAUAACUUUGACAACCUGGUGCCAUUGGAAUGUAGAUUUCCGCCUCAAUUCAUAUUCGAUUUUGCUAAAUUGAGGAAGUUAAAACUCGGUCUUUGGAUUGAUUUAACGAAUACAACGAGGUUUUACAACAGUGAUGAGGUUAAAAAUCAAGAUUGUCGCUACACAAAACUGCAAUGUAGAGGAUUUGGAGAAACUCCAAGCAAAGAACAAACAGCUUUGUUCAUUAAAAUUGUUCAUAAAUUUAUUGCUCAGCACCCUUUACACUUUGUUGCUGUUCAUUGUACUCACGGAUUUAACAGAAGUGGGUUUUUAAUUGUUAGUUAUUUGGUCGAAGAAAUGGAUUUCGAUAUACAAGUUGCUUUAGAAAUGUUUUCUAAAGUUAGACCUCCCGGUAUUUAUAAACAGGAAUAUUUGGAUGAAUUAUAUAGAAGGUAUGGUCAAAAAGACGAUGAAGUUCCUCAAGUUACUUCGAUGCCAGAUUGGUGUGAUGAAGACGAACAAGAUGACUAUUAUAGAGAAACUCCCGAUUUUAAUGCUCCCACUUCUUCAAAUUCAACACCUAUGAAUAAUCAAAAUCAUCGACGAAAAAAUGGGAGGAUUCCAGUUUUCAUGGAAGGCAUACCUGGUGUAAAAGUCUUUGAUGAGCAACCGAAAGCAUUGGAACUCCAAAGAAAAGUUCAAAGGAUGUGUAAUUGGGGAAAAAAGGGAUUUCCAGGAUGCCAACCUGUUUCGAUGGAUAUGGAUAAUAUUCAUUUAUUGCAUAAGAAACCUUACCGAGUGUCUUGGAAAGCAGAUGGAGUUCGUUACAUGAUGUUAAUUGAUGGGGAAGAUGAAGUGUAUUUUUUUGAUAGAGAUCAUAGUAUUUUUAAGGUUACAGGAGUCAGAUUUGUUUAUAGAAAGAAUUUAAUGCAACAUUUACAAAAUACUUUAAUUGACGGGGAAAUGGUUAUAGAUAAAGUUAAAGAUGAAAGAAUUCCUAGAUUCUUAGUUUAUGAUAUAAUAAUGUUUGAUGGUAAAGAUAUUGGGGUAAAAUCGUUUUUCCCUGAACGUUUACAAUUCAUAGAAUAUGAAGUGGUUAAUCCAAGAUACUGGGCGAUUGAAAAAGGAUUAAUCAAAAAAGAUUUGGAACCGUUUAGUGUAAGAAAAAAAGAAUUUUGGCCGAUUACUCAAGCAGUAAGCUUGUUGGGCGAAAAAUUUGCGAAGAGUUUAUCUCACGAACCGGACGGAUUAAUUUUUCAACCAUCAAAAGAACCGUAUGUUACUGGUCAAUGUGACGAAGUUCUUAAAUGGAAACCUUUAGAAUUAAAUUCAGUUGAUUUUCGAUUAAAACUGACUAGAAAAGGAGGAGAAGGGCUUGUAACAAAAACAGUUGGUGAGUUGUAUGUGGGCCAAUUUGAUAGACCUUUUGCACAUAUGAAAUAUACACGUACCCUUCAAGAUUUGGAUAAUAAAAUAAUUGAAUGUAAAUUUGAAGAUGGUGUGUGGAAAUUCAUGAGGGAACGUACUGAUAAAUCAUUUCCAAACAGUUACAACACUGCAAAAAGUGUUUGUCAAAGUAUAAAAAAUCCUGUAACAAAAGAUCGUCUAAUUGACUUCAUAAAUAAUCAUAGAUUCGAUGAUGAUUGUGAGAAAAUGCCGCCGCCCUCUAAAAGAGUACGUCGCACAUGACGUUAUUUAUUUUCCCUUACAACGUACAAUUAUCGAUAUUUAAUUAUAAUAUUGUUUUUACUGAAAUGUAUUGAUAAAAAUUGAAAUUAAACGAUCAUGA